AUGGGCUGCCAGGACGACUGGCCAGCUAUGGCAGAUGGUAGCCAGUAUGAUGGCAAGCAAUUGAUUACUCUGGUCCGUGAGGGUAAAAGCCCUUUUCAAGGACUCUGGAACGUCAACCUUCUCAUUCAAGAGAUUGAAAAGCAUAUCGGUUCUCAGGUGGUAGAUAUUCCGGCCGUUGAGAAAGGCUCCAAUAACUAUGGUUUCCACAUUAAAACUUCGGGAGGGCCUGAUAUGAUCGCUCGUCUAUCACGAAGCGAUGUCAAUAUGCCCCAUUUUGACGGCUUUCCAGUAGAGGCUCAAGCGUCAGAAGCUAUAUUUGAAGCCGCUGUCUAUAAUAUGCUAUGCAUAGAGCCCGAAAUUCUUACAUCGCGCUUGCUUUACCACCGGGGGCCAGUUUUGUACUCUAGUCCGACAGAUUCUAUUCCCCAAGACCUAGCUGGUCGUCGGCUAUUUCUGUUCGAAAAGGCGGACGGUGAGAAGAAUGUGUGGAAAAAGCUUAAUGCGACUCACAAGAUACAUCUCCUUGAUCAGCUAGCGAAUAUACGGGCUAGUCUGUUCCGGUAUAAUCCACCGCCUAGUUUCAUGACGAGAUAUUUCCUCAGCCGUGUAUUCGAAUUCAUGCCAGAAACACUUUCCGUACCGGUCUCCCCAACGCGCGAAUUCUUGAUGUAUGUUAUGGAAUCUAAAAUCAACGCCACUAUUCGAACCGAAGGGGACAUGAUAGGCUGGGAGGGUGAUAACGAGACUGUUGGUCCAGUGGCUUUAAAAGCCAAGGAGACUCUUUUACGAGCCCUGCCUCAUAUCAUGCCACUGGAUCACCCCGACGGAUGCCUGUAUCGCCUUGUUCUUGAGCACGGCGACUUUGGCAUCCAUAACACUACGAUAAAUCAUUUGACGAAUGAAACGCCCCUUGUUACAUCGUUGUAUGACUGGGAAACCGGAUGCAUUGUCCCGGCAAUUUUAUCGGACCCUUUAGUGGCAGUCUCUCCUGUCGAUUUGACUGCCGGUAAGAAUGGCGAGCCAUCUGUGACCCGCUUAUCUGAAGAUGAUACAAAGUCCGAUCUUGAAACAUAUACAGCAUGGGCGCGCCACUACAUUCAGGUCCGUUGUUAUACGUCAUGA